GCUUGCUGUUGCAUGCAGACUUGAGUCUCGUGCAUGUUCGCACAGGCUUGAGUCAGCAAUUCCCUGUACUUCCGGACGAAGGUGGGAGAGCAAGCAGUGUCUAUGUCAGCAGUUUGUGGGAGGAGUCGGUCAGCGAAGAUACGGCCUUUCCGGCCACCGUGGUGCAACUCGAAUGGAGUCACACCGAUCGCCGGAUGCAGCGAAGUGUUGUAGGCGAACUCAAUGUCGAGGAGGCGGUCAACCCAAUCCUUUUGAUCCGGACGGAUGAGUGUACGAAGCAUUAUUUGAGCAGUCUGAUGUGCUCUCUCCGUUUGCCCUUCAGUUUGUGGGUGUUGAGCCGAACUCGGUUUCAUUUCGGUGUCGGACUCCUUCAUGAGGGAAGUCCAAAAUGCCGAUAUGAACUGAGUGUCGCGGUUGUUGACGAUGUCUUCUGGAACACCGUGGCUGCAGAUCCAACCGGUGUGCAAGAGUUGCGCGAGAUCGGGAGCCGUGGCGUAGUACUUGCACGGAAGAAAUCGUGCAAACUUACUCAAAUGGUCAACGACCGUGAGGAUGUCGUCGUGCCCGAGGCGGUUGAGGGGAAACGGGCCGGUGACGUCCAUAGCAAUGAAGAGGUCGGGUUCCCGGGGAAUAGGCAACGGGCGCAAAUCGCCACAGGGAUUACAGUUGUGGGGCUUGCUUCGUCGGCAAACUUCGCAAGAGUCAUAAUACCGAGUGACAUCGAUGAUGACGUCGGGCGACCAAAACCGUUGCCGAAGUCGUGCAAUAGUCCGAUUGACUCCGAAAUGGUCGGCGAGUCGCGAGUCGUGGUACUCGCCGAGAAGGCGAGUUCGAAGACGGCGGUCUCGUAGGACGUAGAGUAAGUCCUUGCCUCACGAGUGGAGAAGCAAGUACCCGUCGACGAUGCAAUAAUUGUUGGCCGACGGGUGAUCCGAAGAUAGCUGCGCAUAUAGCGUGGCGAAAUCCGGAUCGGAGUGGCAGCCCCAAAUGAAAUGCCGCUAGAGUU